CCGCUGGGGGAGUGGGUGCUCGCGCACAACACGCAAAUAACACUCUAAUUCCAUGAUCGGACUCUCAAUCACAGGUUUCUUACCUUUUCCUAUUCAAAACAUUUUUCUACACUUAAAACUACAUUUUAUGUUAGAUUGAAGCCUUUGGAAAAGAGGACCGCAAGAAGGAUCCGGAAGAUAAAGUGGAUUCCCACCGCGAUAACUUUUUCCAAGGAAGACAAGUGCGUCGACGUCAGUCCGUGAUUUAUUACCCAAAUAUGACGGUUUACAGCCAGCGGUCUUUGAUGGUUCUUGCUUUAUUAGGCAUCCUAUCAGGGAUUAUGUCUCUGCUAUCGGUCAAUCUGAUUUUCCAUUUACAAACACAACAGAUUGCUGUGAAGGAAUCUCCCCCCACCAUCUCCAUCGUGCCAACUAAUGUUUGGGCAGUGCUGAUGCCAGUGUCUACAGUGCUUUCUGCUCUGUCUCUCACGCUCAAUUUGUGCUCUGUCGUGGUCUGCCUUCUGCACAGCUACUUUACAACCGAGAUAUGCAGAGGAGAAGAUGAUACGGAAAGAGCAGACUGGUUCCUAUUGGAUAGCCGAGCUGUCCGACAUGUGGCCAUUGGACUAUUUUGCCUUGGGGUUUCAGUAUACUUAGCAGCUAUGUCCAUCUACAUGUUGCUGGUGUUUGAGGUAGAGACAGGCAUCGCCAGCGCAUGCGUACUGGCCUCGGGCAUCCUGAUUCUGCUGAUGAUCGUGAUUCACUCCCUGGUCAAAGCCGCCCGUACUGCCCAACACUACCGCGGUGGGGAACACACUGACACCCUGUACCAGAACCAGCACGGUGGGAGCACCCCUGCCGCCCGACCAGGCAAGCUCCAAGACGGGGACAAACCCAGGAGGCACCGCAACAACUCCCAACUCCACCGGCAUUUGUCCUACCCUCCUCUCUGCACCGACCCUAAGCAGCAUCACCAGCAUCAGUACUCCCCAUCCCACAGCCCUCAGAGCCACAGCAGUGACAAGGAGGGCUACAGUAGUGGUGGGAGUGGUUCUAGAAUGCACAGGACCCUGUCAACAGAGUCAGGGCUGCUGCAGUCUCCAUCUAAGCCCUGGAAUGGCAUUAACAAUGAGAUGCGGAGCGUGCUGGCCCGCAAGUCAGGAGCCUCCAGUAAAGACUCUACUCUGGUGUGACCUGACCUGCAAAGUCUUAGCAGUUAGUACAUUCUUACCCAACCAUCAAACGGUCCGAAGUAUACAGUAUGGAUAGAAAAUAGCUGAAGCCAUUUAAAAGCUCUGAGCUAUCCCUUCAUGAUCCAAGCACCACUAAUACUAUUACUGUACAUUUCAAUACAGACAUAGUGAAACUCAUUUUAAUACACCUUUCCUAAUAUCCCGUUCCCUUACUGCCUUUGUAUUGACUUUUUACACAGAAACCAUCACUAUUAAACCCUCUAGAAUGUUUACUUACUGGUAUUCCAAUGGAAAAUGUUAGUAACUUAUAGCUACAGCUAAUGCUAUAGUUGCUACGUGAUUAUACAAUUUAACAAGUGGCAGAGAAAUGCUUUAUAUUUUCAAAAGUGUUUGGUAAAGACCAAGGGUGGUCUUUGAAAUAUAUUGCCAAAACUGUAUAUUACACAAUGUGUAGAGAAAUUUGGUAGUGUUUAGUCUGCAUACUGUAAAAAACAUAUUUCAUAACUUUGAAUAAAGGCAUGUUACAAAACA